GCCCCAGAGGAAGAGCAAGAAACCUGUCCCUCAAACAAGUCUGACAGACUAUUCACUGCAACUCUUCAACACUCAUCGACGCACUUGUGCCUGCCACUGUCCGCAUUCUCCCCCGUCGUCAGGUCCCCGCCGCAGUCACCCUCACCGUCCCUCUCCCGCUGCAACCCCGCAAGAAGGCUGCGAGUCUCCCAGGUACUAUACUGACCCUCCUCGUCCCACAGCUGGCCUGCAUUCUCGAGCCUCUCGUUCUCAAACAAUAAAGACUUCGCCAUCAUCGCCUGCUUCCACGCCAUCCGAGUCGCAGUAGAAUCGCUUCCGCCCCGCCCGCCGCCAUGGACGGCCGAAAGCAGGGGAGGCCCGAGGAGGAGCUGUUUCUGCGGCCCGGCGACACCCCAGAGACUCCAACCGUGGGUCCGUUGAGGAUACAGAAGAGGGACUCGGCCUCGAAGAGCCCUCCACCGCGGUCCGAUUCUGCGGGAACCUCCAGCAAACCACCCGCCUUCUCGCGUCCGCCGCCCAUGCCAUCCUUCCCCGCGCCGCCCACUAGCCCGCCCACCGCUCCACUACCCUAUCCCGACGACCGCCCAUCCAAGCAGCAGCAGCAGCAGCAGCAGCAACAACAACAACAACAAGGUCGCUAUACCCCGCUCAGCGAGCGAGAAAGAACAGCAAGGAAUGCCACUCCGCCCGAAGCGGAUGGUAGAAGACGAGGAUCCGGCGCUGGUUCAUCGUCUCCAGCCUCACGACCACGAUUCGAUGGGAACGAUCCAAACCGCCCCACGGUAUCUGGAUAUGCACACGCGCCUGGGAGAGCUGCUGAUGGCUCCAUACAACCUUCAAGGCUGGCAGAGCGCCGCGGGACGGCUCCAAAGCCACUUCCUGAUUCUCCAGGACCAGAGACGCCUGAUAAGGAGGGUCUGUUCGCGCGUCCUCCCCAACGCAAGAACAGCGCAGACCCCAACCCCUUUCCCGACUAUCACCAGCAGUACUGGCCUCCCCCCAAGAGUGAGAGCCCCAGCAAUACCGAGUCGUCCGGGCUGAGCAUCCCGAAGCCUGCUGGUGUGAAUAGGCUGAGCUCCACAGCUUCGACAUCUACUACAAGAGCGCAGAGAGGGUCUCCUCCUCCUCCGGAAACCCCCAUAAUACCUCCCCCCGGUGGUGGCAUCGAGGCUCGCUUCGCGGCCGCCGGUAUCGCAGGGCCUGGCACUCUGAACAACCUCCAAGCGCAGACGGCAUCCAAUGCAGCUGCAGCUGCCAGAAAUCAAGUCUACGCGAACCAGCCCAGGCCAGCUAUCACGUCGCCUCCGCCUCAGCAGCAGCCUCCGAGGAGACCAUGGACGCCGACUGAACAGCCUGGAAGCCAUCCUCAUGGCCCGCCUACCGUAUAUCAGGGGAUGAAUGAGGUUCCUGGUGCUCAUGCAAGUCCCCCACGCGCGGCAUCACAGCCUCGCCCAAGCACUACAUCUCCUCCGCCUUCAAAUAUACCACCUGAGCAUCCCUUGAAUCAGGAGAUGGGCCGCAUGAACUUGAACGAAGAGCCUCCACCAGCCUAUUCGAGUCUUGCUCAUCCAGCAGGUGCACCUGGAGCUACGACGGCACAGGGGUAUCCGAUCGAAAAGCGCAAUCAGCCGGCAGCUGCGCAAACGCAACAUCCAGCAAACAUGAAUGAGCCUCAUCUGCAAGGACACCCAGCAUUUGCCAAUGAUCGACCUGCACAGGCGGGACCGUCCACCCACGCAGCUGGAGUAGCAGUGGUUGCGCCAACCCCGACAGCAGGCCAAUUUCCCCAGCAACAAUUGCAGCAUCCCACAACUCCCAGUCCAGCUCCCGCUCCAGGUCCGGGGCCGGCAUCACCUCCACCGCUUCCGGAAGGCUGGAUCGCCCAUCUGGAUCCCAACUCUGGCCAGUACUACUACAUCCACUUGCCUACGCAGUCUACGCAGUGGGAAUUUCCAAAGAACCCUACUCCCUUGAAUCUCAACGAGCCGAUGUCUCCCACGGGCACCUUUGCGAACUCGCUAGCUUCACCCAGCUUUGGGAAGGCCCCGCUGGCUUCUCCCGGUUUUCCGACACAGACGGCGGCAUUCCCAGGCGACAUGUUGGGCAUGGCUCCGCUCGCUACACCUACCGCAGCGGGCUUCACUGGACCCCCGCCAGCAGCUGGUGUGGACAUGUACAAGGUGAACCCCACGAACAGCGUCUAUUUCGGUCCCUACCUGAGAUAUACCAACAUGGAUAUCGAGCGGGGUCUGUGGCUAGGAUCGAUUCUUCUGAUCACAAACACACCACAUCCGCCUACGAUACAUAUCCACCAGAGCGUGGACCUGUCGCCAAAUCCUCGACAGCUCAAGGCGAACCCAAUUUACUCACAUCAGACAUGGAUCUUCUACAGAUAUGACAUCGAUCUCAAGAUGGAAGAGGAUCAUGCUGCAAAAUGGACAUAUGCAAUCACCUCACAUCUCGGAUGCACGCGGUUCGAGUUCCUUGUGGCAGGACGGCACGAGACUAGCUGGCGAUUUAUUGCCCAUUCGGGCAAUGAUUUUGCGCUUAAUGUGAAUGCCAACGAGAGAUCGAAGCUUGGCGGUGUUGGCUUCAUGUGGAAAGACAUUCUUCAGAAGAACGCAGAAUGCGGAGGGUUCCAUGUACAGCUAGGUCUAGGCGGGCAAAUUUACGCCGACCGCCUAUGGAAAGAUAUACCUCUGCUCAAGCAGUGGACUGCGACGAGUGGCAAGGAGAACAGGAAAAACGCGCCCUGGACGGCGAAACAUGAGGAGGAGGUUACGCAUGCGUACUUCCACUACUACACGAGUCAUUUUGAUCAGCCUCAUCUGAGAGAGGCGUUUGCUCAGAUACCGCAUAUUCUGACUCUGGAUGAUCAUGAUAUAUUCGACGGCUUCGGUUCUUACCCCGAACAUAUGCAAUUCUCCAACAUGUUCAAGAACAUUGGCCGGAUAGGAAUCGAAAUGUACCUCUUAUUCCAACACCACACCACUCUCGAGAUCCUCCGCAACGUCAACAAUGACAUGGAUCUCUUCACCAUCACCGGCACCGGCUGGCACUUCAUCAAGUACCUUGGUCCUUGCGUGGUAGUCUGCGGUCCAGACUGUCGCUCGGAGAGGAACCCGCACCAGGUCAUGGCAGGCCCGACCUACCAAGGCAUCUUCCCGAAGAUUGCAACGCUGCCGCCCAAUGUGCAGCACUGCAUUUGGAUGAUCCCGGUGCCCGUGGUGUAUCCGCGACUCGAGUCGGUAGAGUCUCUGGCCAAUACCGUGGCGACGGGCAAGAAGGCCGUGACUGGCACGUUCAACGUCCUGGGCAAGGUAACCAGCUCUGUAGCGGGUGUUGUGGGCGCCAAGCAAGUCGUGGGCGAGGGCUUCAACUCGGUCAAGAAGGCUAUCGGAAAGUCCGGUCUCAUGAGCGGCGUGCUCAGUCCGUUUGGCGAGAUUGAUCUGCUGGACGAGUUGAGGGAUCAAUGGACACACGAGUCAAAGGACCUAGAACGCACCUACCUGAUCCGCACCCUCCAGGGCAUCGCACACAACAAAUCUCUCCGCAUGACCUUCUUCAGCGGCAGCGUCGACGCCUGCGGCGCCGGCAUCCUGCACGACCCUUCGAAACCCCAGGACCACAAGACCAUGUACCAAAUCAUCGCCUCGAGCGUCGUCAACGCGCCCCCCUCCAACUACGUUUUGCGUCUCUUGCACAACAACCGAGCGCUCUACGUGCCCGCCAACGGGCACCGCAGCACGCACACGCCGAGCGACACCAAGGAAGACAUGAUGGAGAUCUUCACGCAGGACGUCAACGGCCAGCCGCGCGAGCACAAGCGCCUCAUGGGCCGCAGAAACUACGUGGCGUGCGUCAUCUACGACCCGGAGAUUGUCAAUGGCACGUUUGGGCAGGCGGUUCCCGGGCACGGCAGCGGGAAGCUGAGCCUGGCGGUGGAUUUCAUGGUGCAGGGGGAUGUCGGGGGCGGGGGGUUUGGGGGCGCCGGGUUGCCCGUCAAGUAUGGGCCGGUGAUUGUGCCGAGUUUGGAGUAUGGGAGGUAGGGGUGUAUGUAUGUGUGUAUGUAGGGAUGAGUCAGGGGGUAGGGGGGGAGUGAGUGGAAGUCCUUUUUCUGUUUAUUAGCGAGGUACUUGUGU